GCCCGCUCAUUGAGUACAAUAGAAAGUCUGGCUCGCGGGGAUUUAUUAAAAGCGCAUGGCAACCGCAGGACUGCUUCACUUCAGGAAUCAGACACUGAGCUGUGUACGUCGGAGAAAAGCGACUGCUAGAGAAAAUGCCUUUGGCUAAAGACUUACUAAACCCGACUCUCGACUUUGAGAGGAGGCAACAUAAGAAGAAGAGACUGGUCCAGAGUCCAAACUCUUACUUCAUGGAUGUGAAAUGCCCAGGUUGCUAUAAAAUCACAACAGUGUUCAGCCAUGCCCAGACAGUGGUGUUGUGUGUUGGGUGCUCCACAGUGCUCUGCCAGCCCACAGGAGGAAAGGCCAGGCUAACUGAGGGUUGUUCGUUCCGAAGAAAGCACUGAAGAGAAUAAUUAAAUUGGAUCUUUUGAAUAAAAAGAAUAUGUUCCAAUUUCCUUAUUUUUUCAUUGAUUGCAAUGAGUGAAAUGCCCCUACAGUGAUUAUUAUGUGGAAGAUUAUAUCUACUGUAUCGCUUUUCUGAAUAAAGCCUGAGCAGAGCA